UUUAUUUUACUUUGACCACUGUUUAAGGGUUGCUGCUUUCCAUUGUAAUUUACAGAUGCUUGUGAGCACUCGGGCUCUUCCUGUGCCAGCCCGCCUCCUCCCCUGUUAAAAAUGCCAGAUACCUGGCUGCAUCAGCAGCUUUGCCUCUGGCCUUGGAUGCAAACUUCAGGCUGCUCUGGCCUGGCUGCUCCCCUGCACGGGCCUGCUGUCACUCAUGGACCGUCUGCCACUGGUGUCCCUUGCAGGGACCGCAAGUGUCUCGAGUGUGUCUCUGCAUUCAGGAUACAAACACAGUAAUGAAAUCAAACGUUAACCACUCUUUCAAAAUGAAAUGCGAUUUUGAUUGUAAGCGCCUUCAUGCUGGGUUUACACCACUGAAAUCUGUUGUGGAUAAAACAAGACUGGAAGAAUCCUGCCCCUUGAAUUAUGAGGAAAGCUGUUGUAAAAGCUGUGCUGAGGAGCAUCAGAAAAUACUCCUUAGUGACUCACACCAUGCGGCCACCAGAAAUCUAGAUAUCGAAGAUGAAGGAAGACUGGUACAUAAUAAAGAAAACAAACAAGUAAAUGAGAGAUUUGAUGAAGGUAUCUAUGAAAUGGAGGCACUGGAAAACAGUAAAUUUAAUGAGGACAGUGGUUAUUCCUCUAUGUUAAGUAAUCAAUACGCUGAUGCAAUAGAACAUGAGGAUAGUAUACCUUUGGCCGGGAAUCUCUGUGGCACACCAAAGCAUUGUCUCAUGAAGAACCAAAACCAAGCACAGUUUUCAAAGAAGACUUUGUUGCCAGUAAUCCAUUACGAAGAAAUGAUUUGCUCAACUUUGAAAAAAAGUGGUAAAAGAAAUCUCAAGUCUUGGGCUGCAGUAGACAGAAUUCUUUUCAGGGGAAAGGCUGAACUUUGUAACCUAAUUGGAAAGAAAAUGGGAUUAGAUAGAAUAGACAUUCUUGCUGAACUCUUCCAGAAGAACCUGAAGCAUAUAUUAGCAAGCAUUUUAAGGAAUCUCAGUGAGAUGGAUUUAAUAAAUUUUGCCAAAGUCAGCACAGUAUGGCAGAAGAUUCUACAAGAAGAUAAAUGGAUUUUCCAAAUGUAUAGUAAAGCUGUUAAAAACCUUUCUAAUGGCCCUAAGACAUCAGAGCUUGCUGCAACAAGGGAGUAUGUUCUCUACCGAGCGGCUUUAGCUUCCAUUCAGAAAGCAACUCCACCAAAGAACUUGAAUAAAAAAGGCACCAGAUCCAAAGCAUCUAAAAGUCACAGCAGGCUCAUGGAGUUUUCUGAGGCUGCCAAGACCUUAAAAAAUACUGAAAGCCUUAAAGUUUGCCAUCGAUGUGGCUCACCUGCAAAGUAUGACUCCUACCUACAAAGAGCAACCUGCAAUCGUGAAAGUUGUGGCUUUGACUUUUGCACAAAGUGCAUGUGUGGCUACCACAGCUCCAGUGACUGUGCAAGUGGCAAACCAGUGAAACCCAACUCUAAGACAGGGCCACUUCCUGGGACUAAGAAAAGCAAACAGAAUCUACGGCGAUUGUGAUCUAUCCAACCCAAUACAGAUGGUCAGAUGUCCCAUAAAAGUUUUUUUUAGGAUAUGAAGUUUUCCACAAAGGAAGUCCAACAAAAUGCUCUCUACUGCUCUAUAUUAAAAAGAAAGGUUAAUUUUAUUAUUCUGCUGUACUAUCUGGUCAUGUUGAAAUUCCUAGGAAUUGUCACAAACAUUUGUUUUAAAAAAGUCUUACUAAUCAAUAAAUGUAAAAGAAAAUUCUGGA